AUGCUGCCCUGGAGGAUGGUUAUCGUCGGGCUCUUCUACUGCUGCAUCAGGACAGGUGUCGCACGAUGUCCAAAUACAGCUUUAUUCCCAGCUGCGAGCAGAGUAAAGAGAGGAGCACCAGCAGCGGUGAACCCGACCUUCCACAACUCCUUCGAGGAUGUUCAUCUGUUGUUUGAGAUCCUGAUGGCCGGUGUACAGUUUGAAACCAGCGGAGCGUUUUCAGUCAACGAUGCCGAACUGGCUUCCCUCCGAAAGACAAGAAACCUGGACGUCAUCUGCGAAGACGUCAUUCCCAAGAAGCUACCGGACGUGUCGCGGCUCGUAUCUGACCUUUCUAAUCACACCUGUCACCUGGACCAGGACGACUUCGAGCGCACCCUGUUGACUUUGGUGUACACAACCCAGCAGAUGGUCACUUCCAGAACCGAACACCACAGAGACGCGUGGGCCGAGUCUUUUGUCGGCUUGUACAAAGCCAUCAAGAAGGAUCUGACACUGACAGACUGAGUGAACGCCACUGAUGCUACAGAAUGGGUCCAUAUUGAAGUUUAAUAUGUACAUAAGAAAAACACUUUCAUUUUUAUUUAGAAAAAUCCAUUAAUAUUAGUCAGUAGUCCUGAUUUGUGCACUGAGGAAACGUUGCAUCUUGUAUGCUGGCAGGCUGUGAGGAGCCUGAGAGGAAAGUCCUGUCAGAAACAAACAUGUAAAGUGCACAAACACAGUUAUUAAAGUAUCGACUGUUACAGCAGAAGUCCAACAUGAGGUACUGUAUGUACAUGAAACUAUGUAUUGGAUCUGUAUGUUGCAUUAAAAGUCAUGGAUUUAUUUACA